AAGGCACCACCAGCGCUCUCCGAUCAUCCUCCUCCUCCUCCCCGCCGCAACCAGCCACCUCUCGAUCCGUCCGCGAUGGCGCCCAAGGCGGAGAAGAAGCCCGCGGAGAAGAAGCCGGCGGAGGAGAAGGCGGAGAAGGCCCCCAAGGGGGAGAAGAAGCCCAAGGCGGAGAAGCGGCUGCCGGCGGCCAAGGAGGGCGGCGGCGGCGGCGGCUCGGACAAGAAGACCAAGAAGAAGGCCAAGAAGAGCGUGGAGACGUACAAGAUCUACAUCUUCAAGGUGCUCAAGCAGGUGCACCCCGACAUCGGCAUCUCCUCCAAGGCCAUGUCCAUCAUGAACUCCUUCAUCAACGACAUCUUCGAGAAGCUCGCGCAGGAGGCCGCCAAGCUCGCCAGGUACAACAAGAAGCCCACCAUCACCUCCCGCGAGAUCCAGACCUCCGUGCGCCUCGUCCUCCCCGGCGAACUCGCCAAGCACGCCGUCUCCGAGGGCACCAAGGCCGUCACCAAGUUCACCUCCUCCUAGGCGCUUCGUCCCCCGCCUUCUCUCGGCUCGUCGUGUUUGAUGAUCGUCCUGGGCCCAGUGAUCGAGGCUCGUAGUUUGUAAUUGUUUUCUUUUGUUACAAUGAACAAUGGAUGAAUGGAAUCGCUACGGAUUGGUUGCAAUAUUUCG